AUGAGCAUUGAAUGCAGUAGCACAAUCGUCUUCCCAGACCCUAACGCGCCUGGUGAAGAGGGACCUGCACAUCCGCACACCUGUCGCCCUAUUGCCUUUAAAGUAAAGACACUGCCCCUAAGCAGUACUGUGUACGCCCAAACGGCGGUCGAAUCGAAGCCAAUGGAACAAUUGUUAUUCAGGGCUCUCGACACAGAGCCCGAACCCGGCGCAAAAUGCAGAGACAAGUUUUUGGUACAGAGCACCGAGCUGAAGCCGGAACAUGCGGGUUUAGAGCCCACAGAGAUUUGGCCCCAAGUCGACAAGAACGAUAUUCAUGAAAAAAAGAUUCGCUGCGCGUACGGUGACGCCGCCGGUGCAGCUUCUGCAGCAGCAACCUCGGCUCCUGCGUCUGAACACACAACAGAACGUGCGGCUCCUGCCACAGGAGAACCAGCUCCUGCUCCCGCUACUGUCGCAGCAAAGGUGCCUGCCCCUGCCACAUCCACUGCUCGUCGCAGUGGAAGCUCAGAACGUGUUGCUGCCGCUCCGGCUGCUGCCCCAAUGACAUCGUCUACGACAUCGACGACUGCCGUGUACACCGACCAGCGUUUCGCUGUCCCUCACUCUCCAGGAAGCGCUACACCGCAGCGGAUGCCCACACUGUCUUCUCGUCGUCCCGGGUUCGCAACCGUCGGCCGCCCGAAGGACGGGGCUGUCGUUAUUCCUCAGGUUGCAAAUACAGUCACCGUAAAGACUGCCUUUCUCAUGUCUGUCAUCUGCUUCCUCGUCGGGUUACUUAUUUAA